GAACACAAUUCCCAGAGCAUUCCCGGUGAGGAGGAGCUGCCCAUGAGCUCACUGAGAGAGGAGCUGUCAUCCUCUGCCAUUGAUUGCUCCCUGAUCUUUAAUAUUUAACUUGGCUACUCUGUGUCUAACAAAAGGGAUGAGAUAAUCCCUUGGAGUGAGGAUCCAGCACUGGCAGAACUUCGGGCAGCUGCUGCAGAGUGUUGGGAUUACAGCGCUGUUAAUGUUUUACUUAAAAUUUUUAAUUUAAAGCAAAAAUUAAGUGCCCAGUGUGAAAUUGAAAUGAGAACCUGACAGCAGCAUUUUCAGAAAGAUUAUUUAUCUUCUUUUAUUCUGGCUGUGAAAAAGUCUCAGGAAAUGGGCAAAGGAUGGAACUCAAACAGCAGCAGUAACCACAGCAACGGGUACAGAGAGUCUGUGACUUAAUCCUGUCAGCAUUCCUUGAAAAAAUGAGGGAGCCAGAGGUUUUGUUGCUUUAGGCUUGGAAAAUUAAAGUUCCAGGCUGUGUUUUCAUUCAGCAGUGCAGCAGGAACUUGUUUCAGUCGUGGCAUAAAUCAAACACCUCACUAAAGCAGGAAUUCUGCUGUUGUAGGGCCAGUGAGGAGAGAAGCAGUGGCAGGGAAAAGAUGUUUUUAUUUCAGCACAGUGGGGUUGAGGUGUCCAGGGAAGGGGUCAAGGAAUGAGGGGCAGUGAGAGGAUGGAGGUGCUGGGAAAGCUGCUGGUGCUUCCCAAAAUACAUGAAAGCUGUAUUUGAGUAUAGAAAUACUUCUUUAGGGAAGAAAUUCCUCCCUGGGAGGUUUGGGAGGCCUUGGUUUAGGAGCUGUGGCUGCCCCUGGAUCCCUGGAAGUGUCCAAGGGCAGGUUGGAGCAACCUGGGGUGGUGGAAGGUGUCCCUGCCCACGGCAGGGGGUGGCACUGGGUGAUCCUUAAUGUCCCUUCCCACCCAAACCAUUCCACGAGAGCCGGAGGAGAGGGAAGGAAAAUGAGAGAAGCCUUCACAGCUCUGCUGAAUUCUUGAAGUGCAGUUCAAUUUCACGCCUAAAGGUUGCAUUUCCCGAGGUUUUCCAGCAGUGACACUCCCCUGUGGGGGCACCUGGCUGGAGCCCAGAUGUGCAGCCUCACAGAACUGGUGCAGCCCAUGAAGCUGGGGCAGAAUUGGGGUGGUUUUGCUGCUCACUCAGCUUGGAGAAGCCUGAAGUGCCACCUCUGUUCUAUUACCCAGAUGGAGCAGCCCUGGGAGAGCCCUGCCCUGGGGCAGCUCCUGCUUUGCUUGGCUUGGCAGCUGCUGGGGGACAGUGGGGGUGGCCAGGCCUGGGGACAGCACAGCAGGUCCCCUGAUUCUUGCUUGUCUUGCAGGGGCUGAGGCACCAUGGAGCAGUACACGGCCAACAGCAGCAGCUCCACGGAGCAGAUCGUGGUGCAGGCGGGGCAGAUCCAGCAGCAGCAGCAGGGAGGUGUCACAGCUGUCCAGCUGCAGACUGAGGCCCAGGUGGCAUCGGCCUCAGGCCAGCAAGUCCAGACCCUCCAGGUAGUGCAGGGGCAGCCGCUGAUGGUGCAGGUGAGCGGGGGGCAGCUCAUCACCUCCACGGGCCAGCCCAUCAUGGUGCAGGCCGUGCCCGGGGGCCAGGGCCAGACCAUCAUGCAGGUGCCCGUGUCCGGCACGCAGGGGCUGCAGCAGAUUCAGUUGGUCCAGCCAGGUCAGAUUCAGAUUCAAGGUGGGCAGGCUGUGCAGGUACAGGGGCAGCAGGGCCAGACCCAGCAGAUCAUUAUACAGCAGCCCCAGACUGCAGUUACUGCUGGCCAGACACAGACCCAGCAGCAGAUAGCAGUGCAAGGCCAGCAGGUUGCCCAGGCUGCUGAGGGCCAGACCAUCGUGUACCAGCCUGUGAAUGCUGAUGGCACCAUCCUGCAGCAAGUUACAGUCCCUGUUACAGGCAUGAUCACCAUUCCUGCAGCCAGCCUGGCUGGAGCCCAGAUUGUCCAAACAGGAGCCAACACCAACACCACCAGCAGUGGCCAGGGGACGGUCACAGUGACACUGCCAGUGGCUGGGAACGUGGUCAAUUCAGGGGGAAUGGUCAUGAUGGUGCCUGGGGCUGGCUCAGUCCCAGCCAUCCAGAGGAUCCCUUUGCCUGGAGCAGAGAUGCUGGAAGAGGAGCCCCUCUACGUCAAUGCCAAGCAGUACCACCGCAUCCUGAAGAGGAGGCAGGCACGGGCCAAGCUGGAAGCAGAGGGGAAAAUCCCCAAAGAGAGAAGGAAAUACCUGCACGAGUCCCGGCACCGGCACGCCAUGGCCAGGAAACGGGGAGAGGGGGGCCGCUUCUUCUCCCCCAAGGAAAAGGACAGCCCUCACAUGCAGGAUCCAACUCAAAGCAACGAAGAAGCAAUGACACAGAUGAUCAGGGUCUCCUAACCCCUGCUUCCAGGAAAAAACACCUGAAGGGAAUUCCCGUCCCUCCUGCCAGCCUGUCCUGCCUGCCCAGAGUGUCCAGUGAACCCUGGAGUGGGACAAUCUCCAUGUCACAGCCUGUCCUUUUCCACAGAGCAAGCACCACGUGUUGAGGACGUGCUUGAGGUUUCAACUCUACAGACAGAACCUUUCAGACUUCCUUGGUGCCCUCUCCUGAUCCAGCACAGGGAAUUCGGAGUCUGAGCGCUCGUCUCCUUGGUUUUCCUUCAUUUUCCCACCUCAAUCCCUGUGGCUGGUGCAGCUCAGCCCUGUCCAGGGGCAGAUUCCAGCUCCUCCAGCCAGCACUGAAUGGGUUUCAGUGCAGAGAUUUGUUAUUCCAUCCACUCCUCACCCCUUUGGACUUGGUUUUCCCUGAGCUGGGCCCUGCUGUUGCACUUCUGACCCUGGCAGAAACUGAAGGGGAUUCUUUUCAAUUCCACCUUGUAAAUGUGUAAAGAAGCUCUUCUCUGGGAAAGGUUCAGCCAUCCAAUCAAUGCUAGAAAUAGUCACAAUUACUGCAGGACUUGAUGUGUUGUGUCUCUGUUGCAAGUGGGGUGGGAGAGGGAGAUGUGGGGGGGAUUGGGUCAGUAAAUCAGUCUCUGGGUGGGUUUGGAUGUUCACUGCCAGUACUUGUUGCUUUGGAAGAAAACUGGAUGCGAGUAUAGAAAGGAUUGAAACUUUUCAGUGAGUCUCUUCCAAAGGAUUUUUUUUUUUUUUCAAUCUCCUUUCUCACCUGCCAAUGAAGUCCAUGGUUCCUCCAAGAGAGGUGGAACCCUCAGUGUCACAGUGGUGGCACCUGGCCAUGGCUGGGAUGGAGUUUCUGGUGCCUAAAUCAUUUCUACAAUUCCAGAGUGAGGGAUGAUUCAGGACAGCAGCAGCUGGGGCAGCUCAGCCUGACGUACCUGAAGGACUCAGCAGAUACUGAUGAACCUUCCAUGCUUUCUAUAAAUUAAGCUCUUAAAACAAAAGUGGCACUUAGCAAAGGAGCAAUACUUACAUUAUUAAAAAAUAGGAUUUUUUCCAUGACCUACAGCUGGCUUUGGGCUGAGCACCUCCGCAGAGCAGUUUUCAUUUCGUUUCUAAGCUUGCUCUGUUUAAUUUGAAUUUUGGUGGUGUGAGCAGUAGAUAAAAGCAUUUAACAGGUGAUUUCUCACCAUUGCACUCCUGUCCCCUCUCACCUUGGUGAGUUACACAGCUGCUCUGGGGAUCAUCUGCCUGCUGGAGUCCCAGAAUUGCCAGGUUUUGUGUCCUGUAGCUCAAACUGGAUCGCAGCAGUGAAGUUUGGGGUUGGGAAUGUUGCUGUGUGAACCUGGCCAGGUGAAGCUGAAGAGAGAGGAGUUUUUGAGGAAAUGCUGCCAAGAAUGAGACUGGGUUAAAUCCAGUGAAUGCUGAUUUCAAGUGACAAGGGAAUGCAGCUUGGAAAUUAUAUUUCCUCCCUCCCAUCUUUCCCCAUUUACUGGCAGCUUAUGGCUAAAGACAAAUCAGUUGUAGAAGACUGGGAGGAAACAAAAGAACAGAGCCUGGAAAAUUCUAUUUCCUUUGGAUGAAAGAGAAAUACUAAACCUGAGAGUAUCAGAGGGAGAGGAGGGAGGAGAAAUGUUGGAUCCUUGCUGUGAGCAGGCAAUCCUGGAGGAAGAGGGAGCCUGUUGAGGCGUAAGGAUGCCCUGUGCAGGCAGUGGAAGGACAAGGAGGAGCUGCAGAGGGGUUUGGAAUUGGCAGCUGGAUCUCUAAAUGCAGCUCAGCCCCUUGGUGUCAAUCCUGGCUCCGUGUCCCUCCCCACAGCUGGAGCUGGGAACGACCCUCGGGGACACCUGCGGCUGCAGGAGGAGCUGGCCUGGCUCCUGGCAGGCAAAGAAAUCUUCUUUUCUUUCAAUUUUUGUCCCAAGUUAGAUGAGUAAUCUGACACUCUGCUCACAACCCUUAAUUAGGAUUUAUUUCUAAUAAUUUCAAGGGCGUUUUUAACAUUGAUGCAUCGUCAGGGCCUCUGGUUGCUUCUGCCUUAAAUCCUUGUCCAGUUCCAGCACUGGUUUUCCUCAGCUGGCACCUGAAGUUCACACAGCAUUUCCUGGGCUCUCCCCAUCCAGGAACAUGCAGCUCUCCUUAAGGGAUUUUAGUUGAAUUUGCAGCGUUACUGUAAAUAUUUUUUUUUUUUUGGAGCAUCUGUACAUUUUGUAGGUGGAAUAUUUGUGUGCUGGGGUAAGAGCUUCUCCAUGAUAUUUUUUUGCUCUUCAGUUGAUGGUAAAUCUGUCCUGAAACACCUUUUUGAGAGCUGGAAGUUCGAGAAGCAAGAUUAUUGCUCUGACAUAGAUUUUGUUUCUUUUAUUUUUUAACGAGUAAUUACUUUCCUUAAAGAAUUUGUAAACUUUUCCCCAAUAUCCCUUCAUAUCUAGGUUCUCUGAUCUGCUGUUUUAGGUUGUGUGUGAAGAAAUAUGGAUUUGUGUUCUAGGAAGUCUUACUGUUAAUAUUUUAAAUAGUGGUGUGAAAGCCCCAGUGCUCCUAUCAUUUUUUAAAUUUGUUUUCUGUGUAUCACUGCUGAAAGUUGUGUUUAUUUGGUGAGGUUGGAGCCAGCAGUCAGCACCACGGUACCAAAAAUAUCUGCUUUCUUUUCCAGGCACAUCUGUUAGAACUGGAGACGUGUCCAGUUCAAACCUCCCCAGUAAUUAAAUUGGAAUUCUUUGUAGAUUGGCUACACUUGAGCAAAAAACUUCACUUCAGGAGCGAGUUAAGAGUGGGUGAGGAUGAGAGAAGAGGUUUGGGAAGAAAUGUCUUUGAUUGACCCAGAGCAGUGAAGCAUCAAACCCAUCAAAACCCAGAUUUAUAGGAGUGUAAAGAUCAGGAUUUGGAAAAAAAAUGAUCCUCAAGUGAUGCUAAAUGGCUUUAAGGCCCUGCAUGUUUAAAAGAGGGGAAAAAAAAUAAACUUUUCUUUGUGAAGGGGCGUGGGAGGGUCCUGAGCUUAACGUAAUGUCAGGCAAAGUUUGUACAUAGUUCAAAGUUUUUAAUUUUUUUUAUAUGAUGCAUUUUUUCAAGUGUAUUUUGGUCUUUAAUAGAUGCAAUUGUAAGUACUGUGUACACUCUCUAGCUAAUAAAAUUUAUAAACUGAGAA